AUGGAAUAUGAAGUCAAGAAAGGGAAGAAGGGCUUUGUGGCUCCCAUCCGCAGGCUGGUAUUCCCCAAGGCCGCCCGCCGGGUAGCCAAUCGGAGCAGUGUGAGCCGCCGGCCACUGCAUUCAAUGUCCCUGUAUCCCCCGGACUAUCUCAUUGACCCCCAGAUUCUGCUGUGUGACUACCUGGAAAAAGAGGUCAAGUUUCUGGGUCACCUCACAUGGGUGACCUCCUCAUUGAACCCCUCCAGCCGGGACGAGCUGUUGCAGCUGCUGGACACCGCCAGGCAACUGAAGGAACUGCCUCUGAAGACCACCGCAGAGCAAGACAGCAUCCUGAGCCUGUCGGCUCGCUGCCUGUUGCUCACCUGGCGCGACAACGAGGAGCUCAUCCUGCGCAUCCCCACGCAUGAGAUCGCUGCCGCCUCCUACCUACAGGAUGACGCGCUGCACCUGUUGGUGCUUAAAACCGGUCUGGGCGUGGACCCUGUGCCAGCCGGCGUGGACGCCAGCCCCGGUGGCACUGGGCGAGACCCAGGCCCGCCAGGCGCGGCGCUCGAGAAGCGGCGGGUGGGCACCACUGAGCGGCGCCACACUAUCUGCAGCCUGGACUGGCGGAUGGCGUGGGGCGGGGGCGGAGGCGCUGAGACCCGGGCCGGGGGCGGUGGUAGCCUAGAGCGCCAGCGCGCUGGAGCUCGGGCGUCGGGCAGCUGGGAGCGGCGGCAGACGUUCAGCGGCAGCUGGGAGCGGCGACACGCCGGUGGCGGCGGCGGCUCAGGCAAACCGGGCGGCAGCUGGGAGCGGAGGCAGGCGGGCGGCGGCGGUGGCGGCAGCUGGGAGCGGCGCCACCCGGGCCCCAACCCACUGGACCCUCAGGACACCAGCCCUGACGCCUACUGCAACCUUGUCAUCCUGGCUGUAGCCAACAGGGAUGCCGCCGAGGAGUCCUGUGCCCUCAUCUGUCAGGUGUUUCAGAUCAUCUAUGGGGACCAGAGCAUUGAGUGCGUAGACCGGGCUGGCUACCAUUACACAGCUACACCCGACCGGCCAUGGCUCUGCAGUCGCAUAAUGACUCCCAGGACAACUUUGAAGCAUAUUACAGCGACACAACCUCUUUCCAUGGCUCUCACUGCAGCAGCAGUGACCACAGCGGCCUUGGCCUUGAGCAGCUGCAGGAUUACAUGGUUACGUUGAGGAGUAAGCUGGGACCUCCUGAGAUCCAGCAGUUUGCCCUGCUGCUGCGGGAAUACCGGCUGGGGCUGCCCAUCCAGGACUACUGCGCCCGCCUGCUGA